GCAUAUUCCGGCAAUCGACCCAACAUACAUGAUCCAACGCUUCCGUCUAUAGACCGAAAAGAGGGGGAGAGAGAGAAAGAGAAAGAGAAAGAGAGAUGUGGGAAUCGAUCUUCCUGACGGUAGCAGCCACCGCCGGUAACAACAUCGGAAAAGUUCUCCAGAAGAAGGGCACUGUCAUUCUCCCUCCUCUCUCUCUCAAACUCAAGGUGGUAAGAGCAUAUGCUUCUAAUAAGCCAUGGCUGAUAGGCUUUAUUAUGGAUAUCUUUGGGGCAUUGCUGAUGUUACGUGCAUUAUCUCUAGCUCCUGUCUCUGUGAUUCAACCAGUUUCGGGAUGUGGUCUUGCAAUUCUAUCUGUGUUUUCUCAUUUCUACCUGAAGGAAGUCAUGAAUGCUGUUGAUUGGCUGGGUAUUACCUUGGCUGGCCUUGGCACCAUAGGAGUUGGUGCUGGAGGAGAGGAGCAAAAGGCCUCCUCAAUAUCUAUCUUACACUUGCCUUGGGUGGCAUGUGGUGUUGCAUUUUUGUUUGUACUCUUGAAUGGAUGGCUUCGUAUUUACAGGCGUCAGCGAAGAGAGCAAGAACUGAUGCAAUCUGAAGUUGUUGAAGAGAUCAUAUACGGCUUGGAAUCUGGCAUUUUGUUCGGGAUUGCAUCUGUAAUUUCAAAAAUGGGAUUUGUAUUCCUGGAGCAGGGAUUCUCCGCAUUGCUUGUUCCUGUUUGCAUCUCAAUCAGUAUAUGCUGUAGUGCUUCAGGGUUUGUUUACCAGACCCGCGGGUUAAAGCAUGGUAGAGCAGUUGUUGUGUCCACAUGUGCUGCUGUGGCUUCAAUUGUGACAGGUGUACUUGCUGGCAUGCUUGCUCUUGGAGAACGCUUGCCUGAAAGUCCAACAUCCCGUCUUUGGCUUUUACUUGGAUGGUUGCUAAUAGUUACGGGAGUGAUUUUAUUGGUAACAUCAACACGGUUGAUUCGUUUUCUACCACGGAAGUGGCGACCCGUGGAGCGGAACUUUGGAUCUCGGCAACCGAGUUCUCUUAGAAACCGGGAGCAAAAUUCAAACCCGAGUACAAUCAUCCAGGCAGCAACAUUGCAUCAUUUGGUAACAUCUCCAUCGAAAGCAAAACCUUGAUUGAAAUUAAAGAGGUAAAAAAAUGAGAUGAAAAUGUCCGGCUUGUUGAUGUUGAUGCACAGCUAUAAUGUUUAGGAGGUCGGUCGGUCAUAAAUAGAGAAGUAUACAUGUUUUGAGUCGAUUAGAGCUUGAUGCUUCAUUAUGUAUACAAGAUGAUGCUACUUUUUCCCCAAUCGAAUCUGUUAGCUUAUGAGGGUGCAAAGAUUUUUUUUUUUUUUUUACAAAUCUUGGUGUUAUAACUGGCAAUUACUAUGCUUGAUGU